AAGUCUGGAAAAUAUGCUCAAACAAUGAUGAAUUUGACUUCCUUAAUUAGUUGAGGUCAGUUAAGUAAAAGUGGGACUGUGUUGGACUAAGUGAGAUUUUAACACAGAUUGAUAUUUAAUUGAUCCAACACUCACUGUGACCAUUGAGGACAUAACGGUAUACCAUUGUAAUGGUAAAUGUAGAACAGGUGACAGGGAAACACAACAACUAGGUAGUGGUGCCACUACACAUGGAUAGUGGUGUUAGAAGUGACAUAUAACAAACUACCAUGGAAUAUAGCAGCAGUUUCAACAAAAUUGGGAUUAUAGUAUUUAUUGAAAGGCCAGUCGAGUCUUAGUGCAAAAGAAAUCGUAUAAGGUCCCAGAUUUAAUUUGAUCCAUGUCGUCACAAAAUCGGGUAUCACCAGAGCCUGGAGCUGAGGACUUUGGAGUCCGGUAUCGAGGUGGUGAGUCCUACCUGUUGGAGACUCGGUCCCCGGCCAGUAGUAUCACCGAUAUCAGGGUUCCAAGCCGCUCCCAAGUUAGCAGCAUAACGGAUGUAGUGGUACCACCUGCCCCUCAGCAGGCAAACUAUCUGGAUCCUAGGCAGGAUACAUUGCCACAGCCCCGUGAUAAUGCCUGGGCAGAAGAACCGAGUCACCAUGGAAGUGUUUUGACAAUAAGUUCUGACCACUCACAGAUAACAACAAGUCAACCAGACAGUGGCUUUGUUGCAGAUCAUCAGUUAGACAGUUCUCAGAAGGACGCUGAAAACAAAGACAAGGUUUGGUCAAAUGGACCCUAUGAUAAUAAUGAAAAAGAGGUUCAGCAUCACAGAAAUGCUUGGACAGAUGAUGACCAUCCACCGGCUAGCCAUCGUAUAGAUGACGACCAUCCACAGGCUAGUCAUCAUACAGAUGACGACCAUCAACAACAGGCUAGCCAUCACACAGAUGACGACCAUCCAAACGCUGCUCUUCAUAGUUACUCUGAAGGUCACCAGGACAGCAACCAGAAAGACCAGAGUCAGAAUUUGGCUUUUACAGUUGCCAAUGAGUCUCUGAGAGUUUCCAGUCAUGAUGACAACUCACACCUUACAGGUCAACAGGAUACCAUGCAUAGGUCAUCAGAAAGACAACAUAAGGAAGAUGACAGGGAGAAAUUUAAACAUGGGUCAAUGAAAAACUCUCAAAUACAAAACACUGAACAGCCACAUGACCACAUCAUUGGAGGUACAGGUGAGGAGACUGGGAGCCUUGGCUGCUGUGGCUGGAUACUCACUAUUCUCUCCAUUCUCGUCGUUCUACUCACUCUGCCCUUCUCUGUCUUCUUCUGUCUAAAGGUUGUACAAGAGUUUGAAAGGGCAGUAAUAUUCCGACUGGGUCGACUUUUAUCAGGAGGAGCCAAGGGGCCGGGUAUAUUUUUUGUGCUUCCUUGUAUUGAGAGCUACACAAAAGUAGAUUUGAGGACAGUUUCAUUUGAUGUUCCCCCACAGGAGAUUCUGACAAAAGACUCGGUAACUGUGUCGGUAGACGCCGUUGUGUAUUAUCGUGUCUCCAACCCGACAGUUUCUGUUGCCAAUGUUGAGAAUGCCCACCACGCAACACGCCUUCUAGCACAGACCACGCUCAGGAACAUUCUCGGCACGAAAAACAUGUCUGAAAUCCUCACUGAGCGAGAGACUAUCAGCAACGCCAUGCAGGCAGUGUUAGAUGGUGCAACCGACAGGUGGGGAAUCAAGGUGGAACGGGUUGAAAUCAAAGAUGUCCGCCUCCCGAUACAGCUACAAAGAGCUAUGGCUGCUGAGGCUGAGGCUGCAAGAGAAGCUAGGGCAAAGGUGUUAGCUGCCGAAGGAGAACAUCGAGCAGCCCGAGCCCUGAAGGAAGCUGCCGAGAUCAUCAGCCAGAGCCCAGCAGCUCUACAGCUACGCUACCUACAGACACUUAAUUCUAUAUCAGCCGAGAAGAACUCUACCAUCAUCUUUCCCCUUCCUAUCGACUUAAUUGAUUCAUUUAUGACCCGGAAAUAAGAUAUCGGUAAUUAGUAAUUCCAUUAAAAAGGUAUGAAUGAAUUUGUAAUUGUUGUACAUUUUUAAUUUAGAUUUUGUGAUUUUAUUACGAAAUCAAUUAUAAGAUGUGCUGUCAUCUAAUUUAUUGAAGCCACGUAAAAGUAAUAAAUUUUGCUUAUUUAAUUCAAGUUGUCGAAUAAAAACCGUUUUUUACAUGUGCAUGUAUCUACAAGUAUCUUAUCAUUGGUGAUUGAUUGAUAAUUCUAUGAAAGUAUUAUCAUUAAUCAAAAUCAAUAUUCAAUAAAACUUAUUUCAAUUAAUAUUCAUGGCAGUAAAAUGACAUUAUGUUUUUGUUGAAAUAUCUGCUGAUUUGUUGAUUAAACGAAAAACAUUUGAAACAUAAAAUGAAAUUCACAAAUGACCAGAUAUGUAGGCCAUAAGGGUUAAACAAAACCAAAUCUCCUUUCUUACUAUACACCUAUAGCUAUCUAGCUUAUAUCUGAUAGGAUUGGUAUCGUACUGUACAUACUGAAUGUUUUGUCAUUACACAAUAAACCACAACAAAUAAUAUGCAUAGAAGUAUAGAAGUUGUGUGAAAAAAUUAUGGAAUAUCCACAUUUGUGGAAGGUCAUGCGCAUGCAUUUCCCUAGACUGGCCCCCUGUCUCUAGAAUAUUAAAAUUAUAAAUAAAAUUAAGCUUUAUGAUUUUGAUCCCUAGGAUAUGUCUGAUCCUAAGUUUCAAACUAGGGG